UUGCAUUUUUGUUGGUUAUAGCUCCAAACACAAGGGCUAUCAAUGUUUUCAUGUUCCCACUAACCGCAUCUAUAUUGUUAGGCAUGUCAUGUUUGAUGAGACGUCCUUCCCAUAUCCCUCCCAUGCUCACCCUGCUUCCCUUACCCCCCUCUCCUCCACCCAAACCGUAUUCCCUCAACCAUUACAGCUAGCCUCCACACCUUCUUCUCCUCUGUUUACCCCCUCUAACUCACUGCCUGACCAGCCCGAUCGAGUAUCUUCAUCACCCGUCCGGGUACCUCCCUCGCCUGACCUACACCACUUCCUGGUUCCCUCACCCGAUCGGGUAUCUCCCUCACCCGACCGGGUAACCGGCCAUUCCCAACCAAACAGCACCGCACCAACUACAGAUUCCUCUUCAAGCUCCGGUGCAACGGCUCAGUCCUCGGAUUCUGCGCAACACUCAGGGUAAAGAAGCAUGCUGAUGGCACUAUUGAACGUUAUAAAGCACGCCUGGUUGCUAAGGGGUUUAAUCAGGAGGAGGGUGUUGACUACUCAGACACCUUCAGUCCGGUUAUUAAACCUACCACCAUUCGUCUUGUGCUCUCCUUGGCUUUAUCCUUUGGGUGGAAAUUACGACAGGUUGAUAUUGCUAAUGCUUUUCUUAAUGGUGAUCUCUCUGAAACUGUUUACAUGACACAACCUCCAGGUUUCAUAGAUCGUGCUCGCCCUACACAUGUUUGUCUGUUGCGGAAAGCUCUCUAUGGUCUUAAACAGGCCCCUCGUGCUUGGUUUCAAAAACUCCGCCAGUUUCUUCAUCACCAUCACUUCGUUGCAUGCAAAUCUGACACUUCAUUGUUCAUACGCCGUCACAACGGUACCACUCUCUAUGUCUUAAUUUAUGUGGAUGACUUAAUUAUCAGUGGUUCUCAUUCUACAGAGAUUGAUACUUUUGUGACUGCACUUAAUGAUGCCUUUACACUACGUGACUUGGGAGAUCUUCAUUAUUUUCUGGGCAUAGAGCUAAAGCGCUCCACUUCCUCUAUUUUUCUGAGUCAACAGAAAUACAUCACUGAGCUUCUCUUGCGUAGCAAAAUGCAUGACGCUCGUCCGAUUGUAUCACCUGCCGAGCCAGGCUCUCGACUCUCAAAUUCUGGUGAUCCUAUGGCUGAGCCUAAUCUUUACCGUAGUGUUGUUGGAGCUCUCCAAUAUGUCACUAUCACACGGCCCGAGAUAUCUUAUGUUGUUAACCGUGUGUGUCAGUUCAUGCAUGCUCCUACAGACAUUCAUUGGCAAGCAGUCAAGCGAAUCCUUCGUUACCUCAAAGGCACCAUCUCCACCGGUCUCCACCUACGGCCUUGCACAGAUAAUCGUCUUGUUGCUUUCUCUGAUGCAGGUUGGGCUUCUGAUAUUGAUGAUUGUCGCUCACAACAUGGCUUUGCUAUUUAUUAUGGUGGUAAUCUUAUCAGUUGGGCGUCCAAGAAACAGCAUGUUGUCGCCAAAUCCAGUACCGAGGCUGAAUAUCGAGCCAUUGCAUUCACAUCCACUGAACUCAUUUGGAUUCAGCAGCUUUUGCGGGAAUUACAGGCUCCACUCAACAUCCCACCCAUUCUCUUAUGUGAUAAUCUUAGUGCCACCUACAUGGUUGCCAAUCCUGUGUUUCAUCAACGCUCCAAGCACAUUAAAAUUGACUAUCAUUUUGUUCGCGAACAAGUUGCGGAUGGCUCUCUUAUUGUUCGUCAUGUUCCUACUCUGGACCAGAUUGCUGACAUUUUCACCAAAGCUGUUGGAAACUCACGCUUUACUUCUCUUCGUUCCAAGCUCCAUGUUGAUCAAUCUCCAUGAGCUUGCCGGGGGUAUUAAGGGAAAGUAUCUUUGUAUUUAUUUGUAAUAUUCUCUUGGCUUAUUGGGUAUAAUUUAGACUCC